UUUGAGUAGCCUCAGAGAAUGUCUAAUAAGGGCUCUGGUAGCCUAAUUAAGGGCAGUGAGUGGUACAGAAUGUGAGUGGUACAGAAUGACAUCACGGCAGGUCAUUUGUUUGGGGGAAAAUCUCUUAUUUUGGUCUUCAUAAUCAUUUAAUCGGAUGAAUACGGAAUCGGGAGGAAUGAUGGCUCAUAAUUCGAGUCCACGUUGGAACCAAUGUCUUUUUAAAUAAAACUAGCGAGCUACAAGUCUUACGGACUUGUGGAAUGUGAUUGUAACGCUGCAUGGUGAAUUGUUUUCCCAUGAUGCCUUGUGAGGAAAGGGAACGGGCUCAUCUGAAUAAUUCCGCAGUGUGGGAGCUUUUUCCCACAGUGCUGUGCACUUGUUACUUCAGCGCACAAUAUCAAUCUAAUCUGUUCACGACAAACCUCACAACUGAGACUGACAUUUUGAAAAAUAUUUGUUUACGGUCGUCGCUGAUCAACGAUGGAAAUUCCAAAGAUGCUCUGACACGGGGCUAUCCCAGACCCGCAGCGUCGGCCCCCACACGUCCCUACCCCCCAUCCAGACAGGAGCAGCAGGAUGCCUGUGCCCGGCCCCUGAGCCUCUGCUGCAUCAGCCACACCUCCAGAGCUUCAGAGAUUAGUCCUCCAGCUGAGAACGAUGGAUGAGAUAGACGCAAUCAAACUGAGGCUGGAGGAAUCCUUCAUCUCAUCCCAAAUAGAGCCCAUCAACAUUGAAGUAGAUCCCCACUACACUGACUUGCGGGCAAGUCUGGAGGCGGAUGUGCAGGGCUUCGAGGUGGAGACCUGGGGUCUGAGUGUAGACCAGCAGUACAUGAAGCAGCUACAGAAGGAGGCCAUCAAGAGACAAGAGGUCAUUUAUGAGCUGAUCCAGACGGAGAUAAACUACGUGCGGACGCUGAAGAUCAUGCUGGGCGUGUUUUCGCGGGAGAUGCGCAGCGUGCUGGACGAGGCCCGGCUCCAGCGGCUGCUGCCCCCGGUGGACAGUCUGCUGGAGAUCCACCAGCACUUCCUGCGCUGCCUCAAAGAGCGCCGGCUGCAGUCUCAGGAACCAGGCAGCGAGAACAACUACUGCAUCCAGCGCCUGGGAGACAUCCUCUGCUCACAGUUUUCAGGGGAGAUGGGAGUAUUGAUGAAGGAGAACUAUGGAGGUUUCUGCAGUCAUCACAAUGAUGCUGUCGGCUACUACAGAGAGCAAGUCCAAAGCAACAAGAAAUUGCAGUACAUGAUGCGGAAAAUCAGUCAGCUGACCAUUGUGCGGCGAUUAGAGGUGCCUGCGUGUAUUCUUCUGGUCACACAGCGCAUCACCAAAUACCCUGUACUGGUGGAGCGUAUCAUCAAGAACACUGAGGCUGGCACGGAGGAGCAUGAGGAGCUGGUGCGGGCGCUGGGCCUCAUCAAGGGCACCAUCAUGCAGGUGGACGGCCUGGUUAACGAGUAUGAGAAGGCCCAGCGACUGCGGGACAUCGCUGGCAGGAUGGAUCCCAAGUCGCUGGGCAGGAUGGGGGACGGCCGCGAGUUCCGCAGAGAGGAUCUCCUGCGUGGGGACCGCAAGCUGCUGCAUGAGGGCACCGUCAACUGCAGGACCUCCUCCGGGCGGCUGAAAGAUGUCCUCACUGUGUUACUCUCAGAUGUGCUGAUAUUAUUGCAGGAGAAAGACCAGAAAUAUGUUUUUUUCUCCGUGGACAACAAGUCGUCCGUGAUGCCCCUCCAGAAGCUGAUCGUGCGUAAUGUGGCACUGGAUGAGAAGGCCAUGUUUCUGAUCUGCGCCUCGUCAGACUUGCCUGAGAUGUGUGAGGUCUUCACAGGGUCCAGAGAAGAGCGGGACACCUGGAUGAACCACAUCGGGGAGGCCAUUGCCAGCUGCCCAGAGGAUGUAGAUGAGGAGCUGGUUAGUGAGCAGGAUGAGGCCAUUGCAGCGAGGCUAAGAGACUUCCAAGAGCAUCUAUACGUGAGAGAUAACCAGAUUGUGCGGCUCCUUGAAGAGAAGUUGCAGGUCUUUGCAGCACUAACAGAGACAGUUGCAGGUGUGGACGACACAACAGCAUACCGCCGCCUGCUGCUGCGUGGCACUGCCCCAGACCUCCAACAGGGGGAGCAACUGCUUUUAGGAGCAAUAGCUGAUGUGGAGGCAUUACAGGGGCUGCUAGUGACAGGAGAGCAGCAGAACAGUGCACCGGACACGGAAAUGAGCCCAGAGCUGGCAGCGUUACCCAGGAGAACUCAGACCUUCCAGGGCUACGACCACCUCAGGAGGAUAGAUGGUGAUCCGCGGGCAGAGGGCCGACCCAGAGAGAGGAACCAGCGUCCCAGCUCUGACCCCCUGGUCAGGGAGCACUACCCCACAGAGGGCACGGAGCUGUCGGCUGACGAAGAGGUCACCGCUGGCGUGGGCCGUGUGGACUUAGCCCCAUUCCCAAAGGCAGAGUUCUCAGAGAUGCUGAUGGCACUCAGCCAAAAACUCUACAGCCUACAGGCAGUCAUCACUGAGCACGACACUAGCUCAGAGCUCCUGCGCGCCACCGGCAGCGGCGAUCGGGCCAGCCGUCAACGCGGCAACAUGCUCCUGGAGCAGGAGCGCCAGCGCAACCUGGAGCGCCAUCGCGAGGAACAGGCCAACUUCCAGCGGCUGCAGAACCAGCACCGGCAGGAGCAGGAACGCUGGGAGCGCGAGCGCCGGCAGCAGCAGCUGCUGGCCGAGACGGCCGACGCUGAGCUGCGGCAGCGGUGCGAGGAGUGCGAGCGGCAGGAGGCGCAGCUGACCGCCGAGAGGGACGAACUCCAGCGGCAUCGGCAGGACUAUCAGCAGGACCUGGAGCGUCUGCGCGAAGCCACGCGCACCGUGGAGAAGCAGCGUGAGGAGCUGGAGCAGCAGCGCAAGAAGCUGGAGAAGGCGAAGAAGUCCAACACCAUCUCCAACCCGGGACACUUCAGCUACGAGGCCGCACAGUCUUUCUCCCAUGCAACCACUGACGACUGGCCACUGAUGACCAGCACUGGAGAGGACCUCUUCCGCAAGCCCCACGUGCGGCCCAGCCUGUCCCAGGCCACCUCCAGCUUGCUGGAGAAGCCCCCGGAGGUGCCACCGCGCCGCGAGAGCAUCAGCCCCUCGACCAUCAGCCCCUCCACCACCAAGACGGAGGUGCCCAUGCACCUGAUCAGCACCACCAACCAGGCCCACAAGGGCGGCCCCAUCCAGCAGCAGAUCCCCACCAAGCUGGCCCUCAUCAAGGGCAAGGAGAAGGGUGGCAAGAGCAAGUCCCACCACCGCGCCAACAGCGCUGCCUCCAUUGAAGUAUCCCAGAUUAUACCUAUCAAAGUGACCGGGAAGGAGGGAGGCAGCCUGAAGUCCAAGAGGUCCAGCAGUCCUCGCCAUCUCCGUCCAGAGACCUUUGUGCGUCCAGACAAGCCGUCCAACUCGAAACCCUCUCAUGCUGCCAGUACGCACAGGAAAGCCGGUCAGUCCCAAUCCCAAGACCCACAGUCACGCCACAAAAAAGGAAGCGGCACUCCUAAGGAGGACAUUAUAUUCUUUUAAUCUCCACGCAAAUGUGUGGAUCAAAAGACUGGGAAAAGCACAGACUAUUUUUAAUCCUUGACAACGUGACCUGGUCCACUGUAUAGGUAGUGUCUUUGUACUCUAAGUGCUGUAUUCUUAUUACAGAGAGGACCCUCCAUUUUAUUCUCAUUCUUUAAUUUUAUCAUUUUGGCUUUAAUUUUUAUGCUGGUUGUCAGUUUGUCUUCUCGCCACAAACCCAGCCAAAUGUUUUUAGCGCUUCACUGACAAGCCUUACGGUGCUCAGCUAUCAUCUCACCUACUUCCAGAUGUGCCAAAACCGGGCUUGGCUAGGUCAUAUGGAGGUCAGUACAAAGUCUAAAUCAUUCCAUUUACCAUUACUUACUAACUGUGGCCUGCACAAUGUAUAUAGAGAAUAUCCUGCCCUUGAAUAGCAUGUUGAUUAUAAAGUUCAUGCAUGUCAUGGUCGUUGGUGUGUACAUAGUUUGAUAUUACCUUUGUCUGAUAAGAUUUUGGUACUUAUUAUUUUAAUCAUGUUUCCUGGCAAAGCUGGUUGCAUUAAAUCUGUCUAGUCUGACUGUCAUUGUUAAAAUAAUAGUAGAGUUGCAUAUUGCAAUGUUAAUAUGCAGAACAACACUUUUAUGAGUUAUAAUAGUCAUGCCAAAAUGCUCCAUGCAAAAUGCAAUGCUAUAUACUUCAGACAGGGCUGUACAGUGCUACAUAUAUAUGUAGCUCAUGCUAUAAGAAAUCAGUCUGUGCUAUGUAUGAUUUAUCAGUUUGUUUUUUUGUUCACGGAGUCAUGGGACAUGAGUAUUAUAUGGACAUGUCUUGUUUAUGACAUUUCUCCAUCUGUGUACCAGUCUGGAUACCUUAAUCUGAUAUUUUCUGUACUUCUGGUGUAAAUAGAGAAUAUGUGUUUAGAGUUUUAAUCUCAGUCUACUAUUGAGUCCUUUCUGGGUAUGGAUGGCCAAAAAGAUGUUAUCAACUAUUUGGUAGUAUUCUCUCUGCUGUACUGCAGAAUGGGUGUCAAGGUGAAUUUAAUCAAGUGAAAGUCAUGUUUACUUUAAAUGCACAAAACUAUCAAAAGACAACUUUGCAGAUUCCCUUAAAAGCUAGUGAAAAUGUGUAAAUAUCCAUUGUCUAUGAAGUCUGUAACAUUGUAUAGUUGUAAAGUAAUUGUGACAGUGGCGUGCAGGCAAUUGCUUCCUCUGCAUUCAUGUGAUAAAUAAAUGGGUUUUAUGAGAAUACA